CUGUCGGCGGUGACACCUUGAGUCGUGAGGUAACUUCAUUCUUAAAUAAAUCAGGGAUUAACCUUCACUUGGGGUUAACAGGGGUGUGUAGUGCGAGUUACGGUGUGGUUAGAGUGUAAGUAAGCUCCUGUGAUGGGGGUGUUUGGGGCAGUAGUAGUUCCGGGGCGGUUGUUGUUGUUGUUGUUUACUGUACAGGUGAGCGUUACAGGGUUAGCGCGCGCCGUCACCUUUUCCACCGCCUACCUGAACAUCUCACAGACGCAGCCUGACUCGAACCUGACCGAGUGGAGUCGAGAGGAGAUCGGUCUGUACGGGAUCGACUCUCCCACCCGAUCCGUUACCGGAGCCCUACACCUGGCUGACCCCAUCCACGCAUGUGCAAACGACACCCGCUUCGAGCUGGCCCACGGUAGCGCGCAGUGGGUCGCGCUCAUUCAGCGCGGGCACGGGUGCACGUUCACGCAGAAGAUCAACGCGGCGGCGCGCAGCGGAGCUUCAGCAGCGGUUAUCAUCAACGAGCCCGGAACAAACAACCGCGUCAUCCAGAUGUCACAUCCGGGUACCACCAUUGUGGCGGUGAUGAUCGGUGAGAUACGUGGUAUGGAGCUGUUGAAGCUGCUGGAGAAUGGUGUAACCAUCUCCGUUACCAUAGAGAUGGGUCUCCAGCAUGGCCUGUGGAUGAGUCACUACUCCGUCUUAUUUAUCUCCAUCUCCUUCUUUAUCAUCACCACGGCAACCAUCGGCUACUUCAUCUUUUACCUAGUGCAGAGGUUCACCAGCGUCCGGCUGCAGAGCCGCAAACAGAAACAGAUGAAAGCCACGGUGAUGAAGGCGAUUAAUCAGCUUCAAGUGCGAAAACUUCACGGAGAUCAGGAAACAGGACCGAACGCUGAUUCCUGUGCUGUGUGUAUUGAAUCAUAUAAAUCUGGUGAUGUUGUCUGCAUCCUUACCUGCAAUCAUUUCUUCCAUAAGCUGUGUGUUGAGCCGUGGUUGAUGGAGCACCAGACCUGCCCCAUGUGUAAGUGUGAUAUCCUGAAGGCUCUGGGUCUGCAGGUGGAUGAGGAGGAGCAAUACGUGUCGUCUGACUCUCCUGAUUUGCGUUCAUCAUUUCCGACUGGCGGUGACGCAGAAACCUCAAACACCAACACUGAUACACACAGUGACGCCACCACGCCCGGAUUCGAAUCCCUGUACACAAGUGAACAUUCGACAACUGUUCCACAUGCACACUGUGGUUUGAAGGCGGUGUGUGUGGAUGUACAGCCGCACUACGAUAACCCCACUUUUGAAAAUGAAUCCUGCACCUAGUGGACAAUCGGAACACGAGAACAGAAAUGUGAACAACGGUCGCUUGGUUCAGUCUGCAGUUUGAUCUCUGAUUUACUAAAUAUUAAUUAUCUUCUGCUGUGGUUCAAAUGGGGGCAGAGUUUCAGUCAUAUUCAGCUUAGAACUCUAAAGCUAACACACACACAGUCACAUGACUUUAAGGUGAAGCUACAAGGUCAUGUGUGUUUAUGGAAUAUGAGGUAAUGCACACUGUGUGCUGCAGCGCCUUCUGCUGGACAUGGUGUGUUAUUAGCUUCUCACACACACACACACACACACACACACACACACACACACACACACACAGACCUCUGCAUUUCCCCAAAAAGCAAAAAAUAUUAAUUCUAACUUUUACUAGAGAUUUUAUUAAACAAAUAAAGAAACAUUUGGGUGCCUUCUAUGCAUGUAUGUGAACGUGUGAAUGUAUCUGUAUGUACAGCUGAGUGCAAUAGUUUUCAUACCCUAAAAAAUUUUAAGGUUGAGAAAAAAUUUUUUAUAUAUAAGUGUGUAAAUGUGUUUGGGUUUUGUAAAAGGUCUUUUUAAUAAUAAGUGGUUUAUAUUAGUAAGAAAUUCCACUUAAAAACAAAAAAGCACCAGUUCAGAUGUUUCUGAUCCUAAAGACCUUUUACCUGCAGAACUUCCUUCAACCUUUUUUUAAAUGCAGAUUCAAAGAUUUGGAAACCAGGAGCAGUAAGACAGUUUUCUUCUUCUUAAUAAAACAAACGAUCAGAUUUCUUUGGUAUUGUUUUUGCCCACAUUUUAUACAUUUGUUAAGCGAUUAUGAAUAAACGUUGAUUUUAAUUUUCCACUCUGUGGCUGAAAUCUUUUGCACUGAUGGUUCUGAAUGUUUUCUGUGUGUUUGUGGCCUGUGAUUGUUUUUCACUUCGUGACCUUACGGGUGCCGGGUCAUCUAUUCAUCUGAAUAUUUAAAAAAGGAUGUAAAAUAAAUCCAGCCUAAUUAUUAUAACAUGUAAGAUUGUAAAUAAAUUUCUUUUAUCAGUAAA